AUGGCUUUCCGUUUCGUAACCAAACGUACGGUCGACCUGACCUCACGCAUCACAUCGACCAGACGACCACUUGCUCGCGUCCCUCACCAGUUGAGGACUUACAGCGCAAUCUCGACCCAGACUGCUACUCCCCGAGCUGCCCCUCUACGACGCAACCUUCGCCUUCAGAACCCUCAGCGCAUCUCUGCUACACGACACUGCUCCUACAAAAGAAAUAUGUGCAGAUUCGGAGAAGGUGCCGGCGCCGGCACUCUCAACUAUCCCAGAGAGCUCCUGCCUACCAACGUCGUCCCCCGACACUAUGAUCUGACUCUCGAGCCCAACUUCGAGACGCUCAAAUUUGAUGGUCACGUCAAGAUCGACUUCGACGUCACCGAAGACUCCAACACCGUUUCCCUGAAUACUCUCGACAUCGAUGUCAAGCAUGCCGCGCUUUCCCUGUCGACCGACGGCCAGCAAAAGAGCCUCAGCGACCCAGUCAUCACCUACGACGAGCCGAAGCAGACUCACACAUUCGAGUUCAAGGACCGUCUCACCAAGGGCGCCAAGGGUACGCUUGAGAUCAAGUUCGUCGGCGAGCUGAACGACAAGAUGGCUGGUUUCUACCGCUCAUACUACAACAAGCCGGACGGCUCCAAGGGCAUUCUCGCCACCAGUCAGAUGGAGCCCACCGAUGCUCGUAGAGCAUUCCCCUGCUUUGAUGAACCUGCGCUCAAGGCAGAGUUUACUGUCACUCUCGUCGCCGACAAGAACUUGACGUGUCUUUCCAACAUGGAUGUCGCCGAGGAGAGGGAAUUGCCCUCAGGAAAGAAGGCUGUCCGGUUCAAUAAAUCACCCGUCAUGUCCACUUACCUUGUGGCCUUCAUUGUCGGAGAGCUGAACUACAUCGAGAACAACGACUUCCGCGUGCCUCUGCGCGUCUAUGCUCCUCCCUCUGAGGACAUUGAGCGAGGAAGGUAUGCCCUUGACAUCGGUGUCAAGGCUUUGGAGUUCUACGAGAAGGCUUUCGGUCUCCCGUACCCCCUGCCGAAACUGGACCAGGUCGCUAUUCCCGAUUUUGCCGCUGGCGCCAUGGAGAACUGGGGUCUGGUGACCUACCGUACCGUCGAAGUUCUGUUUGAUGAUAAAACGAGCGGUGCCGCAGCCAAAGAGCGUGUAUCGACCGUCAUCACUCACGAAAUUGCCCACCAAUGGUUCGGAAACAUUGUGUCUCCAGAUUGGUGGCACGCCCUUUGGUUGAACGAGGGCUUUGCCGAGUUUGCGUCACGUUACUCUCUGAAUGCCUUCUUUCCCGAGUGGAAGUUGAAGGAGUCUUUUGUCAGAGAGGAUCUGCAAGCCGCUCUUGGUCUCGAUGGCCUCAGGAGCAGUCACCCCAUCGAGGUUCCCGUCCACAAGGCUGAGGAGAUCAAUGAGAUCUUCGACAGCAUCAGCUACGCCAAGGGUUCCUGCGUCGUGCACAUGAUCUCAGCUUUCUUGGGCGAGGAUGUCUUCAUGGAGGGUGUCCGAAAGUACCUGAAGCGCCAUGCUUGGGGCAAUGCUACUACCAACGAUUUGUGGCAAGCCUUGAGCGAGGCCAGUGGCAAGGAUGUGGGUUCCAUCAUGAAUAUUUGGACUCAGAACGUUGGUUACCCGGUCGUCUCCGUAACUGAGUCGGGCAAGUCGAUCAAUGUUGAGCAGCACCGCUUCCUGACCACCGGAGACGUCAAGCCUGAAGAGGAUAAGGUGCUUUAUCCCAUCUCGUUGAACGUUCGCACCAAGGGCGGCAUCGACAAGAGCCUGAUGCUCACGACUCGGGAUGCGAAGUUCGAGAUUGAGGAUGCCGACUUCUUCAAAAUUAAUGCGGACUCUACAGGUUUCUACCGCACAAAGUAUGCCAUCGAAAGACUCGAGAAGCUUGGCAAUGCCGCAGAGCUUCUUUCUGUCCAAGACAGAGUCGGUAUCGUGGCUGAUACUAGUGCCCUGGCCACUUCUGGCUACCAGAAGACGUCCUCUUGCUUAGGUCUGUUCAAGGCCCUCAGCAAUGCAGGCGAGGCCGAAUACCUUGUCUGGGACCAAAUCUUGACUCGCCUGGGAUCCAUCAAGAUGGCCUGGAUUGAGGAUGAGGAGGUCGUCGACAAGUUGACUGAGUUCCAAAGAAACAUCGUCAGUGGCAUGGCCCACAAGCUGGGCUGGAACUUCUCCAGCGCAGAUGGUCACGUCGAACAGCAGUACAAGGCCCUCAUGUUUGGCGCGGCUGGUAUGUCUGGCGACGAGAAGGUUCUGGCAGCGGCGAGAGAGUUAUUCGAGAAAUUUGCGGCUGGGGACAAGACCGCCAUUCACCCCAACAUCAGAAGCUCUGUAUUUUCUAUUGUCCUGAAGUAUGGUGGCGCGAAGGAGUACGACGCCGUUCUCAAGUAUUACGAGACUGGUGAGACGAGCGACGAGCGUAACAGCGCUCUGCGUACGCUCGGCCAAGCUCGCGACCCCGCGCUCAGACAGCGGACUCUGGACAUGCUACUUAGCGGCAAGGUUCGCGAUCAGGAUGUUUACAUCCCCAUCGGCAGUUUGCGGUCUAGCAAGGCCGGCAUUGAGGCCUUGUUUGACUGGAUGCAAACAAGAUGGGACGAGAUCUAUACCAAGUUCCCAGCUCAGUCUUCCAUGAUCGGAAGCAUCGUGAGCUAUUGCUCCAGUGGUCUCACGAAGCAAGAGCAGCUCGACAAGCUCGAGAGCUUCUUCGCUAAUAAGGACAAGAAGGGAUUCGUCAGAGCGUUGUCGCAGUCCACUGAUUCCAUAAAGGCCAAGAUUGCUUGGACUUCUCGUGAUACGGAGGACCUGCGCAAGUUCCUGGGCAUUUAA